GCUGGGUCGGUUGCUUACGCACUCACCCAUAAUUUCUCUCUCCUUCCUAGGGUUCACGCUCUAGCAAAACGCCUGCAAGCUGGUUUAGAAGAGCUUCAGGUCGGCAUAUUGAGUCCCGCAGAGACUUGCAUGGCUGUUUCUCGAUCUCAAAAUUGCCAACGAACUUACGACGUUUUUUAUGAUCCCUGCACAAUCGGUAUCGAGUACUGGGAAAUCAUAGAUCGUGCGGCUGCAUUGCCGAACCCCAUUGGUCUUACGGACUCUUACCGGCUCUCGUCUCGUAUAGUACAUAUCCAAACAUUGCCCGAGGCAGUGGAAGACUUCUUGUCAUUGAUCAAAACCUGA